AUGAAGCUCGACACUUCCCACAUGCGGUAUCUUACCGCCGACGACUUCCGGGUCCUCCAGGCGAUCGAGCUUGGCUCGCGAAACCACGAGUUGGUCCCCACACAAAUGAUCCAUUCCAUUGGCGGCUUAAAGUCUCCGUCUGCCACACAAAGAGCGUUGGGCGACUUGGCCAAGUUGAAGCUUGUGUCGCGGCUCAGAAACGCCAAGUACGACGGGUUCCGCAUCUCGUACUCGGGCUAUGACUACUUGGCGUUGAAGCUGAUGUUGAACCGCAACACGUUGUACUCUGUUGGCUCCACCAUCGGCGUGGGCAAGGAGUCGGACAUCUACUCGGUCAGCGACCCGCAGGGCUCGCAGAAGGUGUUGAAGAUCCACCGGUUAGGCCGCACGUCGUUCAAAACCGUCAAAAACAACAGAGACUACUUGCGCAACAAGCAGACGUCCAACUGGAUGUACUUGAGUCGUUUGGCGGCAGAAAAAGAGUACCAGUUCAUGACGAUUUUGUACGACAACGGCUUCAUUGUGCCGCGGCCCUACGACUACUCCCGCCACUGUGUGAUGAUGGAGUGGAUCCGCGGCUACCCGAUGAGGCAGAUGCGCAAGUACAAGCACUACAAGAAACUCUACUCGGACUUGAUGAACUUCAUCGUCAAGUUGGCCAACCACGGGCUCAUCCACUGCGACUUCAAUGAGUUCAACAUCAUCAUCCGCGACGCCGAAGACGUGGCGGAACACCACUACGACUUUGACUUUGUCGUGAUCGAUUUCCCCCAGUGUGUCUCCAUCGACCACCCAGAGGCCAAGUUCUACUUUGACCGGGACGUGCAAGGCAUCCGGUCGUUUUUCGAAAAAAAGUUCCAGUACACGCCGCAGCACGACGCUUCCAUGUUCGACACCGAUGGCUACGGAGACGGUUACAAGUAUGCAUACCCCAACUUCAAGCGAGACGUUUCGCGAGUGAAGGAGUUGGACGCAGAAGUCAAGGCCUCCGGAUGGACAAAGAAGAAGGACAAGUCCGACAUGGACUUGGAGCAGGCGGUUCAAGGCAUGAGAGCCGUGACUCUUGAGGACGAACUUUCUGAGGUUGAGAGCGAAGACGAUUACGAAAGCGGCGACUACGAGAGCGAAGACUACGACGACUACGACGACUACGAUGUGGAGGAAGACGACGAAGCGUCGGACGAGAACGAAAAGAUCAUCGAGGCUCUUUCUUCGGGCUCCAAGAACCUCAAGAUGGACAAGUUGGGCAACUACAUUUUGGAGGAUUAA